AAAUUUUUGCUCUUCCCGCCAUCUUGGCUCCUGUGGAGGCCUGCUGGGAACAGGACUUCUAAAAGGAACUAUGUCUGGAAGGCUGUGGUCCAAGGCCAUUUUUGCUGGCUAUAAGCGGGGUCUCCGGAACCAAAGGGAGCACACAGCUCUUCUUAAGAUUGAAGGUGUUUACGCCCGAGAUGAAACAGAAUUCUAUGUGGGCAAGAGAUGCGCUUAUGUAUACAAAGCAAAGAACAACACAGUGACUCCUGGCGGCAAACCGAACAAAACCAGAGUCAUCUGGGGAAAGGUAACUCGGGCCCAUGGAAACAGUGGCAUGGUUCGUGCCAAAUUCCGAAGCAAUCUUCCUGCUAAGGCCAUUGGACACAGAAUCCGAGUGAUGCUGUACCCCUCAAGGAUUUAAACUAACGAAAAAUCAAUAAAUAAACGUGGAUUUGU